CACGAUUGACGUUGAUUUCUCAUCUACCGGUUUUUAUUGUCGAGCUGCUAGCAUGCAGUUAGCUUUCCUGAUCGAAGCAACUUCUUAAAUUAGGCUUCCGUAGCUCACGCGGUGUCUAAAAAUAGGUAACUUCACCGUUGCUUACAUAGUCUAAAUGUUUUUAGUGCAUGAUCGAUCUUGUUUAAUAUCGAUCUGUUCGACUGCAGGAAAGUAUUGUUGUUUGUAUAAGGGGAAGGAGAGCUAGCUAGCUGCGUUAGCAUGUCAGAUUUCCUCAUACAGAUAUAUUUAGCUGCAUACUGCUAAAGCGGUGAUCAGUGUGUAAUAUGCGCUUGACUUUUCUUUAAAUACUGAAAUAAUUAUCAGGGUCUUUGAUGUAGGCACAUAAAGCAUCGAGCUUCGAUCCGGUUUAGACAGAAUUUUUAGCAGCCCGCCGUCUGUGAAAAAGCUUCGUCUUUGUGUUGUGGAUCCGAAAGAAACGCACAGCAGCCGGAGUUCCAAGCAGCACAUCGGAGACACGCUGGACUGCUGGUGUUCUGAUGUAGACAUCUCCCUCUACCUCACGUCACUUUCUCCCUCAAUUCCAAUGUCUUCCUAGACAGCUGAACACUGUGGAACCUCUGUAAAAGUUGUGAUUCAGCAUGGUAGAGGAAUAGCCUUAAUUUCAAAGUAUUCAGGAAACAGGCCAUUGGAGAAAGGAACCAAUACUUUUUGACAUUCAGAAGCUGGUUGAAAACUCAUGGGAUACGAACAUGUCGGAGGUUGGAGAGCGUCGUCAAGUCAACACAGAUUAUGCUGUUUCUGUGCUGGAACAGCUGAAGUUUUUCUACGAGCAGAAGUUGUUGACUGACAUCACUCUGCUGGUAGAGGAGAGCGAGUUCCCCUGCCAUAAAAUGGUGCUGGCCACCUGCAGCUCUUACUUCAGGGCCAUGUUUAUGAGUGGGCUCAGUGAGAGCAAACAGACACAUGUUCAUCUUAGAAAUGUUGACCCCAUCACACUGCAGACCAUCAUAACUUAUGCUUACACCGGGAUCUUGGUCAUCAACGACACCACUGUGGAACCUCUCUACGAGACGGCCUGUUUUCUUCAGGUGGAGGAUGUUUUACUGCAGUGUCGAGAAUACUUGGUCAAAAAAAUCACUGCUGAAAACUGCGUCCGCAUGCUAAGCAUCGGUGACCUGUUUAGUUGCACAGAGUUGAAGCAAAGUGCUAAGCGCAUGGUGGAGCACAAAUUUCCUGUUGUCUACCGACAGGAGGCUUUCCUGCAGCUCUCGCACGAGCUUUUGCUGGACCUCCUGAGCAGCGAUAAUCUCAAUGUGGAGAAAGAAGAAACGGUACGCGAGGCGGCCAUGCUGUGGCUGGAAUACAACAUGGAAGCACGUUCUCAGUAUCUUUCCUCCGUCCUUAGCCAGAUUCGAAUUGAUGCGCUUUCUGAGGUGACCCAACGUGCCUGGUUCCAAGGUCUUCCACCAAAUGACAAAUCAGUGGUAGUGCAAGGCCUGUACAAGUCUAUGCCAAAGUUUUUUAAGCCCAGACUGGGAAUGACCAAGGAAGAAAUGCUCAUUUUUGUAGAGGCUGAACCACCAGCUGAAAGCCACCCAGUCGUGAUAGGUCCACGUCACACAGUGGUCUGUUACAGCCCUCAAGCAGAGAAGGUCUAUAAACUGUGUAGCCUGCCUGGAGACUUGCAGAAGGUUGGGACAUUGGUCACCCCAGACAAUGAUGUGUUCAUUGCCGGAGGACAGAUACCACUGAAGAGCACUCUAGCUACCCACGGCAGCAAAAGUGGCAAGCUGCAGGCUGCCUACUGUUCAGUGGACAGCUUCUACUGGCUGGAUGCCCAGCAGAAUGCAUGGGUGGCCAAAACGCCAAUGCUAUAUGCUCGUACUAAACCAUCACUGGUGUAUUGUCAGGGUUUUAUUUACGCUAUUGCUGGUGAUAAUGUGGGUGGUGAGUUGAAUAAGCGUACAGUGGAACGCUACGAUUGUGAGCGGGACGAAUGGAGCUUGAGCAGCCCUCUUCCCUGCGCGUGGAGUUGGAGCACAGCAGUAACAGCCCGGGACUGCAUCUAUGUCAUGACACACGACCUCAUGUACUGCUACUUCCCUCAAGCUGACACUUGGGUGGAAAUGGCCAUGCGGCAGACUAGUCGCUGCUUUGCUUCAGCCGCUGCAUUAGGAGACCUCAUCUUCUAUAUUGGUGGUCUGCAUGUGGUGGGCAACUCGGGUUUGCGUCUGCCAACAAGCACUAUUGAUGGCUCCUCUGUUACGGUAGAAAUAUAUGAUGUCAACAAAAACGAAUGGCGUCUGGCUGCUAACAUCCCAGCCAAGAGGUAUUCUGACCCCUGUGUGCGUGCUGUGGUGCUACUGAAUACGCUAUGCAUCUUUAUACGUGAGACACACUUAAACGAGCGAGCCAAGUAUGCUCUCUAUCAGUACGACCAGGAGCUCGAUUGCUGGUCCUUGCGGCAGGCAGUGUCAGAACGUGUGCUCUGGGAUCUCGGCAAAGAUUUCCGCUGUGCCGUGGGUAAAUUAUACCCAUCCUGCCUUGAUGAAUCUCCCUGGAAGCCACCCACUUACCUCUUCUCUCCUGAUGGAGCUGAGGAGUUUGAGGUGGAUGAGGACAUUGUGUCACUGCCUCAUGUAUAGUUAAUGGUGUCGUCUUUAAAAUUAACCUGUAAUUUGUCCACUGUUCUGGAAUAAUGCUCUUCUGUUUUUAGAGGAAAUGUGACGGUCUUCCCUUAAUGACUAGCGUGCUCAUGGAGAUCAAUAAUUUAAUUAGAAUCUAAAAUAUUUCAUUCAAAUUUUGAUCCCUCUUCAACACUUGAAGUUUUGAUCAUUCUUCAUAUCAAGUUUGAGAACAUAAAUAUUUAAUUUCUCUCAUCAUUACAAGUUUGGGGUACUGUUUUAAUUUGAUGGUGUGAAUGAUGCGAUUAAACCUCCUUUGGUUAGAAACGGCAACAGUACACCCAGAGUUCUUAAAUUUCUCACUCUUCUUUUGUCCAGUUCAUCUUCCAGAAAUCAAUUGCUCAACUUUCUUCUAAAUGUCACCAGGAUAACAAGAGGUUCAAGGGAUUGGCGAGAUAUUUUGUACUGAUUGUCAUUUGAUGUUUAGGAUUCGCCGCUGGUUUGGUGACUUGCUUGACAUUGAUUUUGUUGUUGCCAUUGUUGUGCUGUAUUAUCAUAGUUCACUUCCUCUGUCGUCUGUCUGUUGACCCAUCUUGGGAAUGACAUAAUUUGACCUCUUAAAAGGAUAGGUUUCACCUACAACCACAAACACACUAGCAAUUCCUCAGGGUGCUUUCCAGUCUGGUUUCCAACUCUGUUUACCAUAUAAUUUAUUCCUCACUCAAUCAAGUUUGUGUGUGUGUGUGUGUGUGUAUAUAUAUAAUAUAUAUAUAUAUAUUUAAUAUAUAUAUAUAUAUACAUACACACACACACACACACACACACACACACACACACACACAUAUAUGUAUGUAUGUGUAUGUCCUCGAUAAAACGAAUGCAGGAAAUCCACGCAGGAAAUGCCUGCAACAGUAUUCAUUCUCCAUCGUGUUCAGAUGUAUGUUUAUAUACUGAAGGUGGGAACUGAAAUGAAACCGGUUAAAAGAAAUAAAACAAGCUUUAUUCUUGAGUCACCAUGAAGCAUCUUCAAAUUGCCCUUAAUGCUUUGUUGACCUGGAUCAUAAUGUUUGUUCUAAUAUUAUGGUUAUUAUUUUACUGAAAAAAAAAAAAAAAAUCAUUCUUUGCUGCUGUAUUUGUGCAAUAGUGUGUACAAAGCUGUUCUUUCCUGCCAAACUGAACCCUCCUUUUUGGUUUUUAUUAUUUCAUACUAUUAUUUGUAAUAACUUGUUAUAAAAUAAUAUUGAGACUCUUUUUGUUGCUUGGGUCAUUUAGAUGAAGGUAGUCCAACAAGUACAACAGUUGUAAAUAUGCUUGAUAGAUCCAAAGUUCUUGGGGGGAAGAGAUGCCGCUUUGCCAUUUUUUUUUCCUCAACACAAAAAUGUGUUAACUAACUGUGGGGCUUUUCACACUGUGCUUAUCCCUGGGUUAUCAUUGUUCUAAACCCUGUUUUUAAGCCCAGGUAAAGGUAUGUUUCACCCUUGUAAUUUAGAAGAAAGUUUAGUGCUGCUUUUUUACCCGGGGUUAUAAAUCCUUGCUCUGGAGCAGGGUUAGCAACAUUUUUGUGGUGUUAACCCCUUAUUGUGGGGCCAAAUGUAUAUGUGUGCCAGUGUUAAAAUGUUAAGGCUAGAUGCUUAGCAACAGACAACCUCAUAUUUAUGUGCUUUGGACAGUCACAGAAACGAUUUGCAUUGUAUAAACAGUUGUUUCAGGGAAAACGUCAAUAGUGUCAGAAAAAAUGUGAAUUGGAGUGAAGAGACCAUUUUAUUCUUACCUUUAUGGUCAGAAGUCCAUUCAGGAAAAACCUGAUAGUACAGUCAGCAGUUUGGCCAUUUGAGGAUACACAAUGCAUGUAAACGGGAUGUGUGUGGCUUUUGUCCUAAAAAUUACACUGACACAGCAAAUAUGCAAAUGAGAAUAUUAGUCGAGGGUUUGGGAAUGUACAGUGUGAAUCUUAAAAAUUGUUAAUCCUGGGAAAAUUUUGAGCAGUGCAAGAUAAAACAGGAUCCGUCUACCUCGGGGUUUAGAGUGACCCUGGGUUAACCAUUUCAAAAGCCCUUGCAUUGAGAAUAUUUCUUGCAAGAGAGACAACAAAAAAGAAGUUUGCAUGAACAGGUUUUAAAUGUUUCCAUAUAUUGGGCUCAGACUUUGACUGCUAACAGCUUGACUGCUAACAGUUUGACAGCUGAUAACUUGCCAGCAUUUCCUCCAGAUGUGGCUAAGCUUUUGGCAGUUUUAAAAUAGACAGUAUGUAAUUACCUAUUUAUUAGUGAAGUAUUUAUAAAGUCAGUUGUUCUAAAAAUUAAUUGCGGCAUUAUAAGUAAUUAUAUAUGCACAGUUGCUUGACAUAUAUGAACGCACGCCUGCCUCCAUCAAACUAUUUUAAAAACAGUAGAAUUUAUUAAAAAAAAAAAAACAUUUUUCCAGUUGAUUAAUCUAAUUUCAUAUCUGAUUACAUGGAUGGCAAAUACGUUGUGUUUUUUUUUUUUUUUUACAAAGAUUUCAUUCUAUGUGCCUCAAUUUUACUGGAGUGCAGUUGAAUCGUACUUAACGUGGUUUGCAAAUGUAAUAAUAAACAACUUCCUUCUCUUGUUUGCAUAUG